AUGAAUUCCUCAUUUUACCUGUAUUUCUUGGAUCUCAACCUGAAUGCCACACAUGGCAACCUUUCAGGACCGAAUGUCAAAAACAAGUCUUCGCCAUGUGAAGACAUGGGCAUCGCUGCGGAGGUGUUUCUGACUUUGGGUUUCAUCAGCCUCUUGGAGAACAUCCUGGUCAUAGGUGCCAUCAUGAACAGCAAGAACUUGCAUUCUCCCGUGUACUUCGUGUGCAGCUGAGCAGUGGCUGACAUGUUGAUGAGCAUGUCCAAUGCCUGGGAGACCGUCACCAUAUACUUGAUAAGUAACAAGCACCUGGUGAUGGCAGACGCUUUUGUGCAUCACAUUGACAACGUGUUUGGCUCCAUGAUCCGCAUUUCCGUCGUCACCUCGAUGUGCAGUCUGCUGGCCAUUGCAGUGGAUAGCCAAGAGAUACAGAAGACCUUGAGAGAGACUAUUUGCUGCCACGCGUGCCCCCACAGUGAUUAG